AUGACUUCAAACCAUCGGCCCUUGACUUCGGAGAACCUUCAAAAGAACAACAAUUCUCUUACUACCGCGGAUGGUUCGGCUCAGACCACCAUUUACAGCGCAGAAUCAGGGUCCACAAUCGUUGCUCCUUCCACCCCCGAAAACUUCAACAGCAAAUCCACGGUGAGAUAUGCCCGGCUGAAUUGGUCUUCUGAGGAAGACUUGCUAUUGCUGCAGAACGUGAUAUCCAACCGUGAAAAGCUGAACGAAAAUGGGUCUAGAACAGGAAAGUUUUGGGAGUUAAUAGCAAGCGAGUUCAGUAUGUCCAGAUCUCUGAGCAGAUCUGACAGGCAAUGCAAAGACCGCUUUUACGUGCUAUUUCGUCGGCCAUAUUAUACUCACAAGGGAAAGCAUCUGAGGCCUAUAGAUGUGCAGAUCGAACAGCAUUUGGCCGAAGCUAGGAAUCUUUUUGCAGUUGAUGAUGGAAUCAAGAUCUUGACAAAAGGAGCGUCUCUUUCUGGCCAAUCAUCGGAAACCUCGGUGAUGGGAAUGGGUGAGCCGUUGGUUCCUCCCAAUUCGGCCUCAUAUUCUGGGGAAGGCAGCGACAGCAGCAAUGCUAAAAGAAGCGCUGAUUUCGAAAUGCCAUUAGAGCCGCUACCAACCAGAAGGAAAUUGAAUAGCAGCCUGGACAUGAGCGAUGAUUCGUCGUUUGAAGACAGGCAUUUGGAUGCGGAUUCUGCGUUGAGGAGGGGACCUCCUAGAAGACUGUCUCCGCUGUCCGAGUUUGCCAGAUCUGUUAGGGAUGCUUCCGAUCAGCUUCAGCGUGAAUUUAACAGGAAGGAUAUUGACUCGAAACAGGCGAUUUCCUUGAUUGGUCCUAUUGCCGAGUCGUUGUCUUCCAUUGGAGCAGAUGUAGAGGACAUGAAGGAGCAAGCAUCAGAUGUCAAUGCAAGAAUUGAUGCAGUGAAACAGACUAUGCUAGAUUCUUUAGAAGAUCUGAGACGUGAGCUUGAGGAACGUGAUCAGAGGAUAUUUGAGGAGCUCAAGGCCAUAAAACAGAAAAUGGCAUUAUACGCAGGCUCCGGAUCUGCUCUUCCGCCUCCUUCCAGGUCUUCCUCCGUCUCUUUGAGUAUACAAAAGAUGGACAGCAACUUUGGAAACUUUCCAAUAUUGCCCGGUGCUGCUGAAGGCUUUCAACAACAACAGCAGCAGCAGCAUUUAUAUGGGCAACUUCAACCCAACGCUUUUUCGUCGUCCUCGAGGAACAUAGGUCCUAGUGGGACAAUGGGGCCCUUGGACGGGGAUGGGGGUAAUAAUGCUGGGUAA